AUGGUCCGCAACUUCGUCAUACUCGCGGGGUCGUCCCACCCCGCCUUCGUCGACAAGGUGGCGGGCGUCCUCGGCGUCGCGCCCUCGAGCCGGGUGCUGACCAAGUUCUCGAGCGGCGAGACGCGGUGCGAGAUCCGCGACUCGAUCCGGGGCAAGGACGUCUACAUCGUGCAGAGCUUCGGCACGGGGGACGACGACGGCACCGACGGGGGGAAUCAGGGACUAGACGGCGGCGGCGGCGGCGGCGGGGAGAAGCACACGGUCAACGACUACUUCAUCGAGCUGUGCAUCAUGAUCUCGGCCUGCAAGACCGGCAGCGCAAGGAGGGUCACCGCCGUGCUGCCGCUGUUCCCUUACUCGCGGCAGCCGGACCUGCCGUUUUCCAAGGUCGGUGCGCCCCUUGCGGCGGCGGGUGCCGGUGGGAAGGGUGCGGUCCAGUACACGUUUGAGAGCGUCCCUGCUACGCCGGGGCCGAAUAUCCCUAGGACGGUGGGGCUGGGGACUGCUGGUGUUGAUGUGGUCGAGAUGAUCGGGGCGCAAGUCUCCCUGCGGUCCAAGGAAGGGAAUGGGCGGGCUUCGUCAGCGCCGGCACCCCAGCAGCAGCAGCAGCAACAGCCGCCUAACAGCUACACCACGCAUGACUACGAGAAUCCGUCGUUGAUGAUGGCGCUGCAGGCUAAGCCGGGACAUAAGCAGUUCAUGGCGCAGUCUGGGUCGCUGGUGGCGAACUUGUUGACCUGCGCCGGAGCCGACCGGGUCCUGACCUGUGAUCUCCAUGAAAGUGCCUACCAAGGGUUCUUCGAUAUUCCCGUGGACAACCUCCACGCCCGCCCUCUCCUAAAGCGCUACAUCCAGCAGAACAUCCCCAAUUAUCGCGACGCCGUCAUCGUCAGCCCGGACGCGGGCGGUGCUAAACGCGCCACUGCCAUCGCCGACAGCCUCGGGCUCGCCUUUGCCCUGAUUCACAAGGAACGGCGCCCGCCCAAGAUCUCGCAAGCGCCCAAGGCGACCAUGAUGCUGGUCGGCCGCGUCGCGGCGCGCGUGUGCAUCCUGAUCGACGACCUGGCCGACACGGCCAACACGAUCACGCGGGCGGCCAAGCUGCUCAAGCGCGAGGGCGCCGUGCGCGUCGUCGCCCUGCUGACCCACGGCGUGCUCAGCGGCGACGCCAUCGCCCGCAUCAACGCCUCCGCCCUCGACGCCGUCGUCGUCACCAACACGGUCGCGCAGGAGCCCCACCAGCGGCUGUGCCCGAAACUGGAGGUGCUGGAUAUCAGUGGGACGUUUGCCGAGGCGAUUCGGCGGGUGCAUCAUGGGGAGAGUGUUAGUAUGCUGUUUCAGUAUGAUUGA